UUGUCAAAUCAUAGGCCUUAUACUAAGUUCUAUGCGUCAAAUAGGUUAUGUAAAUCAUUGAUUAUAUUUGGCGGCUUAUAACUAUUCAACUUCACAGACAUAUAUAACAUCAGAGACGUAACAAGAAAUCAUUAGAGAAAUUCUUAUUUUUGACAUUUACUUAAUUUGAAACUCACAAAAAGAAAUAUUCUCUAUCAAUAAUCUUAAAAAAUCUUUAAAAUUACAGUAUGUAUAAAUCUGGAUUACAUUCUAUUGCGUAUGUUACUGCACCAUCAGUUGACAUUGCAAAAAAUUUGGCUCGUGGUAUUAUUACACAAAAGUUAGCUGCGUGUGUUAAUAUUAUUCCAUCAAUAACAUCAAUUUAUGAAUGGGAUGAUAAAAUUAAUGAAGAUUCUGAGAUAUUGAUGCUAAUUAAAACUAGUACAUCAAAAGUUGAUGAAUUGACUCAAUAUAUCAAGUCUAAACAUCCUUAUGAUGUCUGUGAAGUUAUUUCAACAAAAGGCAUCCAAGAAAUUGUUAUAUUGUUAAGAAAUAAUUUCCACAGACUUUGUCUAAAAAAUUUAUUGUAAAAUUACUAUUAUACUUAUUACAUAUUUUUUAUUAGUAUUAUUGAAAUCAUCAAUUAAGAUGAAAUAAACCUGGCGGUAUUGGAGAGUGUGAUUCACUCAGAUGUAGAUUCGGUUUUGUUAUAAAAAUUCCUUAGAAGGGGUAAUAUUUGUUCACAGUAUUCUAGUGUCAAUAUGU